AUGGCUCGCUUCUCCAAUCCCUUCGCCUUCACGCCGCUGCCCGUCAUCAUAGUGACCACCGCCACCUACAUAGCUCUCUUCGCCGCUCUGCUUACCGUGCAUUUUAAUGUCCCCAGCUAUCCCUCCCGAACGCCCGCCGGAACGAACCUUACCCAAGCAUGGUAUGACUUGGAGCACAUUACCCGCCAUUUCCAUCCGUUCAACAGCCACGCCAACGACCAUGUGCGGAGCUAUCUUCUGUCACGCGUCAGGGACAUUGUAGCCUCAAAGGACAUUGGCAGCGACCGCGUCCAGAUCAUCGACGACACCAUCUCCAACGUUACCUUCUCGAAUGGCAAUACAAGCGUCUACUUUGAGGGGACCAACAUCAUUGUUGCCAUUCGAGGAUCCGAAGACAAGGAGUCCUUCUACCCGAGCUUUCAGACUCCCCUGACGUCCACUCGUGCUUCUAAGAAUGGCGGCGUCCUGGUCAACGCCCAUUACGACUCGGUCAGCUCGGGCUACGGCGCGACAGACGACGGCGUCGGCGUCGUCUCCGUGCUGCAGCUCUUGUCCUACUUCACAGAGCCCAAGAACUGGCCCAAGCGGACAGUCGUGCUGCUGCUGAACAACGGCGAAGAGGACUACCUGAAUGGGGCCAAGGCAUUCAUGCGCCAUCCCAUAUCCCAGCUUCCGCACACCUUUUUGAACCUCGAAGGCGCGGGAGCAGGCGGCCGAGCCACUCUGUUUAGGAGCACCGAUGUCGAAGUCACCGCUUUCUACAAGGCGGCCAGUCAUCCCUUUGGAACGGUCCUCAGCGGUGAUGGCUUCAAGAGAGGGCUCAUUCGCAGUCAGACUGACUAUGUUGUCUUCAACGGCGAACUCGGACUGCGCGGGCUUGAUGUCGCCUUUCUCGAGCCCCGGGCACGAUACCAUACGAUUGAAGACUCGACUCGCGAAACUUCCAUCAACUCCCUCUGGCACAUGCUCUCCGCUGCAAUAGCUACCACGUCUGGCUUGGCGUCUGAUACUAGCAACAAGUUCAGCGGCAAUGGCAAAGUGCGCACUGACGGCAAGGUGGAUGCAGGCACCGGCGCUGAUGCCGUAUGGUUCGACAUGUUUGGAAAAGCUUUUGUUGUCUUCCGCCUGUAUACCAUGUUUGCCCUCUGCGUAACGCUGCUGGUCGUUGCACCCGUCGCCUUGAUUGGGUUGGCCAUAGCCCUUUCCAAAGCCGACAAGUACUAUCUCUUCGCCAGGAAGCAGUACAUUCAUUCGUCCGAUGAUGACCAGCCCAUUCAGCUCAACGGCUGGCGCGGCUUCACCCGAUUUCCAAUUGCUUUCGUUGUCGUCACCGCCAUUGUCAUCGCCCUGGCCUUUCUGAUUGAGCGUGUGAAUCCGGAUAUUGUGUACAGCAGCCCCUACGCUGUGUGGAGUAUGAUGCUUUCCGCGUGGUUCUUCUUUGCCUGGUUUUUCUUGCGCGGUGCUAGUGCCAUGCGUCCCUCUGCACUCCAGCGCAUGUACACCCUCAUGUGGCUCUUCAUCGGAAGCUUCGCCCUUCUCGUCGUCGUAACGGUUCUAGCGCGGAACUACGAGAUUGCCGGAGGUUAUUUCAUCAUGUUCUACUUUGCCGCGGUCUUCUUCGCACUUCUCAUCUCCUACAUCGAGCUCUUUUUCCUCCCGAAGAAGUCGGCAUAUGUCGGCCGCUUCGAUGAGGAUGAUGGCGCACGCCGCAACUCAGAAACCGCCAGCCGACCGUUGACCGGAACUACCAGCGGCGCCCGGUCCGAUGACCGCCCGCUCUUAGACGACGAUGCGACUGAGACGACUUCGCUUCUCAGAGGGGACCGUCGCAGCUAUGCGCGGUAUGGGAGCAGGCGACAGUCUGCCAGCGAAGGUACUGAAGGCGGAGAACGGCUACGGCCUUUGAAUCUGGGGCAAGCGUACGCAGGCGAGCAAGAUUGGAGCGGCAAAAUGCCAAACUGGCUCUGGGUGCCCCAGUUCCUGCUCCUCGUUCCUAUUAUCCUCAUUCUCGUCGGACAGAUGGCGCUGCUCCUUACAUCGGCGCUCUAUCAGACCCCCGCAGACGGGAGUUCCACUCUCUUCAUAUAUCUCGCGUUUGCCGCCCUGACCACGUUGCUCGUCGCGCCCACGGGACCGUUUAUCCACCGCUUCACUUAUCACAUUCCGACUUUCCUGUUCUUCAUCUGCGUUGGAACGGCCAUCUACAACCUCGUGGCUUUCCCCUUUUCCAGAGACCACAAGCUGAAGGUCUACUUCCUCCAGCAAGUAGACUGCGAAAGCGGGGCAAACGCCGUGUCCCUGACGGGGCUCGACGGCUACGUCCAGAAGAUUAUCAGGGAAAUACCCAGUGCGCAGGGCAAAAACUUGAAUUGCACGACGCCAGAUAUCGCCACUCGCAAGGAGCUGACGAAAUGUUCGUGGGACGGGCUGCCAGCCCAGGUUGUCCCCAGAGUCGCGCCCUUCAGCAACAGAACAAAGCCUGACGCUUGGCUGGACUACUCAAUAUCCAAGGGCAAGAAGGCCAAUGAGGCCACGAUUCGCGUGGUCGGACGCAACACGCGCGCGUGUCGCGUCGUGUUUGACACGCCGAUCUCUGAUUUGGCGGUUGCCGGCGCGGUUUCAGACCCCCGCUUCAAUGCGACAGGGAACAACGGCUCUCGCGAGCUGCGCCUCUGGCAUCGCGAAUGGUCUCAGCCCUGGAACGUUAGCGUUGCUUGGGAUGGCGCCGCGAAUUCGACGCUUUCUGGAAGAAUCGUGUGUCUUUGGUCGGACGCCAAUGCAGGCGGCGUGCCUGCAUUCGACGAGGUGCAGCACUAUCUGCCCGUAUGGGCGAUUGCAACAAAAAUCAGCGAUGGGCUGGUAGAAGGAUCGAAGAGUUUCAAGGUCUGA